AUUCAGGGCGUUCAAGGUCGUGUUAGGGAAAGCGCGGUCAAGUUCAGGAAAUAGAUCACCUGAGAGGACAUUAUAAAGAAGUUCAAAAACCGCGAUAAAAUAUUUUACAUCUGCAACUCCUUUUUCACACAGAGUAGUGAAUUACUGGAAUUCUCUACCAGAACACGUAAUAUUAAUAUCUUCUGUUCAUUCAUUCAAAGCGAAAUCUAACCUCCACAGCGUUACAAAUUUCAAGGAUUAAUCUAAGUCAAUAGACCUGUCUUUACUACUGAAGAUUGAGUUUGCUAAGUAUGAUCUAAAAAUGGAGUACAUUGACAAACUCCCGGAUGAGCUUUGCUGCAAGCCUAAACCUCUCAUCGUAUUUUCCGGUUUGGAUACGGAAAGAAAUCAAGUCCAUCGGUCUAUUUGGAGAGCCUUCAAUACUAGUAAAAGCCAUGACCGAGAUUCAUUUAAAUUUCGCUGCAAAUCAGUCGACCACCAGUUUCCAAAGCCGAAGUACAAGCAACUGGCUUCAUAUGAAUGGCUUAUGCCAAAAGGCAUACUCAAAACUGGUUGGAUGAAAAAACAUCUUGAAGAAAUACCUGCAUUCGUUGCUUUAUUUUACGAUCUAGAUUGGGACGAACCACAGUGGGGAGAAAGGUCAACUGAAUGCGCUCAAAUGGUGGCAACUGUUCGAUCAAAACUUGCUGGUCGUGAAAGUAAAUUAGUGGUCAUUCUUAUACAGAAACGUGCCCCCUUACCUUUGGGUGAAGAUCUUAAUGCCAUGGAUCGAGCUCAAUCUCUUUGUAAUAAGUGUGAUCUUCCUGGAAAGAAUUUGUUUGUUUUGUCGCAUACAAACUUACUUUAUGGAUGCAUUACAAGAUUAGAAGAUGAAUUUCGUGAUAUGGCAGCUAACUACUACCACAAUCAAGCUAAAAAAGUGAAAGCUCACAAGGAUUCACUCAACAAAACUAGUCACCAGUUAUUGUUUGUUCGUCACGAGUUCAAAAUUGCUUUCUAUGCUGAAUUAAAACAAGAUCCAGGAUUAGCGCUGAAACAUUAUCAACAGGCAUAUAAUCAUUUAACAGAAUUGAGAAUGUUAGAUGCUCAUUUGCUAGAGGUGAAAACAGUAGCUGGAUUUAUUAACUACAAGAUAUGCCGCCUGUCUUUUCAAAAUAAUGCAUCUGAUGCAAUAUCACAAUUUCGAAGACAUAUUAAUUUUUUUGCUAAUCUCGUCGGAUUACCACAGUUAGCUUUUGAGCAUGAAGCAUGGAUGUCAAAGCAGUUUGAAAUUCUUGGAGAUCUUUUCCAAGAAGCUAUCAAAUCUAGUCUCACUCCCCUCAUAACCCAACAUCCUGGAUUAUAUUACCAAGAAGCAUCUAGACAUGCUGUUUGCCGUCGUCAGUUAUGUCAAGCUUUAUGCAUCCCUACCGUUAAAGCUGCUGAAAUGAAUGCAGAUGACAGAUUAUACUAUCCUUUGUCAACAGAAUCUAAUGAAUCCACUCUUGGAAUUGACGCCGCUUUCGCUAUAGACAGCGGUCUCUUUGCCGAGGAAAGUGAAUCUUCACCUCAUUUACCGAAUCAUUCUUUAGAAUGUUCCAAAUCAAAACGUACAGCAAUCAACACCGCUGUAGAGUUCGUUCGAGCUCAGUCACCUCUUUUGUUUAAAAAACAAAUUUUUACAGCGGACAGUCCAAACUUAUCAGGCUAUCAUUCACCCAGUCAAGUACCUGCAGUGGAUUGUUUGUCAGCUACAGAGAAAAUAAACGGUCUUGAAUUUUACGGUCAGCGACCUUGGCGCCAAGGUAUUCAAAGUAUUGAACCACCAAAUCCAACAAAAGAACGAGAAGGGAUCUUAAGUUUGCAAAAAGAAGAACUCAAAGUAGAUCAUUCUAGUUUCAUUAUACCACUGCUUGAACAAACUCGAUUACAAUACAAACGAUAUAAAGCUGAACGAAUGAAACUAUAUCCGUGUAUUUUAAUGGGUUCCGAAUAUUAUGAUAAACAGGAUUAUGAUAAGGCUCUCAGUUGCUAUUUAAGCGUAAUCAAUGAAUAUCGUACCGAAAAAUGGUGGUCUCUCUAUACUUUCACACUGAAGCGAAUUGCAACAUGCGCAUAUUUGAUAGCUCAGCCCACAGUUUUUCUAUCCUCAUGUUUGGAACUUCUUGGACCCAAUAGCUUGGUGCCUCUCUGUGAGAAAGUGCAAGUUCAACAAGCAAUUUUUGAUUUCCUUAAGACCGGAGUUCCUAAUCUCAUAAUGUUUUCACCUGAGCUUGAUCAUACUAUAAAAACUAUCGAAGACGGGUGGAAGAAACAGUUAGACUUAUUAAUACAACAUACUUCGAAUACUCAUUCGGACGUCGCACAUAAUGAAUCGGUCAAUGAGAACAAAGUGGAUAUCGAGAAAAAACCACAAAGUUCAACUGAUUCACAUUUUGAUGAAAAGUAUAGAAUUUCAUUGGACAUUACCCGAAUUAAUACAUGUAUACAAUGCAAAGCUUGCUUUUCACAACCAGCAUAUACUUUUGGUCAACCAGUUCAAUUGGCUGUUUUCUUACGGUCCUUUGCUCCUUUACCCAUCCUUAUCCACCAUGUCACUGUGAAUUUUUCUAACAAGGUCGAGUGUCCAACGUCUUCACUUAAUACACCACCUAGUACAAUAAACAAACCUUUGAUAGGAAAUUUUUCAACUCAUCAGACAUCGCAAACAUGGUCGUCUAAGUUUAUUCUGGAUUCAAAAGAAAAAUUCAAAGUGAUUCUGUUAUGCCUUAAUCCAGACGUACUUGGUAACCAAAUUAAAGUUGAUUCAAUUCAUUUGUGUUUAUCACCUUCUAUGGUUAAUUGUCAUAAAGAUAUUAUUGAUGAAUUAAUAUUGUGUACAGUUUCAUGGCAAUGGAAUACAAAAUCAGAUUAUCAUCCUUACGUAAGUGGUCGUAAAACUAUUGGUCAUAAACAUCAUAAUCUAAAGAAACAGCAUGAUGUGUUACAUGAUAAUGUGAAUACCAUUAGUAAUAAUAAUUGUGGUUUAUGGUGCAAAGAGGUUGUUCUUUCAGUGCCAGAACGUCGAAUGCAGAAAAACCCUAUUAAAAUUGAAUCCAAUGGAUUCAUAAUUAAUCAUGGAUUUCCUAACCUUCCACCAGACUGGGAUAUUAUCGACAGUCGAAUUCGAACAGAGAUGCAUCAUCCAUCUUCCGGUUUAGAAAUUACUAUGCCAGAGAAUGUUUGUAUACUGGCGAAUGAAAUUUCUCAAAUAAAGUUAACUAUUCGCAAUCCAACACAAAGUGACUGUACUAAACUUAAUUUAACUGUCCGUUUAAUUCCGAAAGAAAAAGAUUCAACCGAAUUUCCUGACAAUGCUAGUAAUACUUCUACCACUGUAUCAACCACAACAAUGAUUACAAAUCCAACUGUAAUAGAUAAUUAUAUAAUAGUCGGCAGUUCAUCUGAAUUAAUAUCUCAUAUAUCAGCUAAAAAUAAUAAUUCAUCUCAAAAAUCAAGUAGUGCGUAUUUUAUAAAGAAGUUAGACGAUAUCCCGUCAAAUCAAUCUAUAUCUGUGACAAUUUCAUUAUGUUGUUCAUCUCCUUCGUUAGUUUCUAAUAAUAAUCAAACACUUUCAUGUUAUUUGACUUUCUCUACUAAACUUUUACCUUGUGAAUAUCCUGAUUAUUUAUUAUCAUUAUCGGAUUCAUUAACAACAGAAACAACAUUAGUAUAUAAUGUUAUACAUGAAUCUGUGAAAUUAUCUAAUAACAUAGAGCUGUCGAAUAUAAAUAAUAAUUUAGUUCAAAAUAUAAUGGACCAAAAUGCAAUGGUAAUUCAAUGUACUCAGAAUAUUGAAACUAAUAUAACUAUCUUGUCACCAUUUGAAUUAGACUAUAAACUGCUUUCCUUAACACAACAUCCUAUUAAAAGUCUUAUAGUUAACGACGAGUUUUUGUUAUUGUUCAAGUUAACCAAUACAGCUGAUUGCGAACUGGAAAUACAUAAUAUACAGUUGGAAGUGGCGAAUGAGAUAUCGUGUGGAAGUGACUCCCAUAAUACCUGCAUCAAAAACUUAAUUAUGCAAUCCUCAGAAAGUUGUACUGAAUGUCACAUGUUAUUAUUAACAGAAACAAUGAACUCACUCGAAACAAUAAAUCUAGGCUAUAUUACUGUUCAUUGGUCACGUGUGUCAACACAUGAUGAUGAUAAUAUGAAACCGUAUAUUGAAACGACAAAAUUCACCUUACCGACUAUUCCGGUUUUAUCUUUACCUAUUCAAAUUAGUGCUGAACUUCCAGCUUAUGGUGUUAUGCUCACUCCAUUUCCAAUCACAUUUAUUUUAUCUAACAAAACUAUUUAUCCACAGGAGGCUGUUUUUCAAUUAGAAUCGAUUCAUGGUUUUAUGUUUUCUGGUCAACAGAAGCUGAAGUUACGAUUACUACCUGACUCACCUCACUACUUGAAUUAUACACUACUUCCAUUGGUGUCUGGAAAUUUGAAGUUGCCUCGUUUACAUGUUAUGUUAGAACGUUAUGCUACGUUAACAUCAAACACGCAAAAUGAUCAACCUGAUAUACACAUACAAUUAGAAGAAAAUCUCCUACGACAAGUUCCAACACAUCUAAUAGUAAUUCCAUCAACGGAUGGAUUGUUUGAAUCGUCUGAGAAAAAUCCAAUAUUCAAUCAAGAAGAGAUUAAAAAUGUGUAAUACGAUAGAUAGAUAGAUAUAUCUGAAAAUAUUUUAUCUCGCUGUUGUUUCAAAAGUUUUAGUUGCCCUCUUUAAAAAAGCCUAAAGAUGAGCUUAUUUCAUUUGUUUGCUCUAAGUAACUUCUUAUUCCUUGACUUUUUUUUUGUUUAUUAUUAUUACAAAGCAUAAGUACCUUAAUUUUUUACUUUCAAUAAUAAACUCUCCAAAACUUUCGUUCCAUCUCUUUUCCUUUUUUUUAUUCUUUACAAAUAGAAAUGCAUCAUUUUUGGAAUGUUUUUUGUAUCAUAAUUUCUUUAUUCCCAAAUAAAUCAAUAAAAAAAUCUUUUCAAAGUUCUUUACGUUUUUUUUUAAUCUCAUCAGUGGAUUAUUUAAGAUUUCGGUCGCUGUUAUUCAACUUUUUAUUCAACACAUUGCUUUAGUACUGAUUUACGAUUGAUAAAAUAUUAAAACCGAUCGAUAGCUUCUACCGUUGACGUUUUAGAAUUUUACAGAUCCUGUAUUAUUUGAGCAAAAUGAUUAAGUUGUGAAAUCAGAUAUUAAAAUAUCUUCAC